UUGGUCUUUCUUUAGCAUUUUAUUCCUCGAUGGAUAGCGCGAGGAAGGGAUAAUAUUUCUACAAAUUUUAAAAUCGGGAUAUAAAAGGCGGUUUACAAGGAUCGUAAUUAUUUCCGCGUUAUUAUUUUGACUUGAGUUUUAUUGCAAAUACAUUUAUAUCAUUUUGAGCAGUUUUAGGUUAUUCUUGGAUACAUACAAAAAGUGAAAUGUGCUUGAUUUCUGAGGAUGGAAAUAUUAAGACUAUAAAUUAAAUAGUAUAUUUAUCUGUGUGUUCUUACGCGGAUUGCGAUUCCUUGUUCAUUGGCGUUUUAUCUACUGAAUGGAUUACCGAAAAGAAAUAUGUAUUCUUCAGCUAUUACAAUAUCAUUUCUUUUGAUUUUAACGCAUGUAUUAUGCUCUCAGACAUGUCGAAGCAAGUUUGGUGUUUUCAUUAAAAACGAUUUCAACGUACACGCCUGCGGAUGGUGUUACUAUUUCCUGUUUCCUGAGCACGCAUACUCUCCACACGCGCGCUCCCAUAGUUUAGCCCUGAAAACAAAUGAAUCAUAUACCGUCCAGCCUGAUAUCAACAACAAAACCUCAAUAAAUACAAUUUGUGCAACCCUUUCAAGUGACGAAUGUGAAAGAUGGCUACUGUGUUGCAAGGUGUCACGCGAUUGCUGCAUGCGACAACUUAAGUCACGUGAUAAUAACGAUACCUCCACGUGUCCAUCUACGUGGGAUGGUUACGGCUGUUGGGACGCCGCUGCUCCAGGUGUUACCAGCCAAAUUGCCUGCCCAACCUUUCUGCACUAUUCCGUUCCAACAAGGUCAGCCAUCAAAACCUGUCAGUCCGAUGGCACGUGGUUGAAACGUGGACCUCAUGGAUUGGACUGGACAGACUACACACCUUGUCUCAGUUACCAGGACUUGAAAGUGUCCAUCUACAUCGGUGUAGGGUGCCAGAUUGCCAGUUUAUUAUGUUUGGUUCCUUCAGUUAUCAUAUUUUGUAGUUACAAAUCACUGAUCCGACAGCAUCGUAUUCGUCUCCAUGUGAACUUCUUCAUCAGUUUCAUCAGCAGUGGCAUUCUAACCGUUAUCUGGAACCUUGCCAUAACACACGACAAGAUCACCAGCACCAAUGUUUCCAGUACACACCUCUACAAGAACUCGGUUGAAUGCCGAUUGUUGUCCAUUUUAAAGAUAUAUUUCACGAGCACCAAUUACAUUUGGAUGUUCUGUGAAGGACUCUACCUCUAUCGCCUAAUCGUCAAUGCGUUUUCUCCACCAAAGAGACUGGCGCUAUUUUAUAUCCUUGGAUGGGGAACACCCAUGUUGUAUUCAAUUGCAUACGCUAUCGUGCGCAUAGUGGAAGCAAAUGAAAGCUGUUGGUCCAUAAGCCUCGGGGAUAAGGAGUGGAUAAUAUAUGCCCCAAAUCUGUUCUGUCUUCUGGUGAAUGUUUACUUUCUAUGUAGCAUUCUUAGAAUAUUGCUGACACAACUCCAGGUGCACCCAAACGAACCAAGCAAUUUCAGGAAAGCAUUAAAGGCAACCUUUGUUUUGAUACCUCUGUUUGGAGUCCAACUGACGGUCACAGUGUACCGAACCCCACAUCAUCUACCAGGCGCUGUGUAUUAUGAGAGGUUCUCCGACAUUCUUACAAACUCACAGGGCAUUUUCGUUGCAAUUAUCUUCUGUUUAUGUAACGGAGAGGUUAUAUCGUUGCUAAGGCAUUCAUGGCAACAACGACGAAACAAUUUAAAACAAGAUUUUAAGAAAGCGAACUCUGCCACCAGCCUCCAAGUUUAUAACACAGUUACGUCCCGUACUCAUUACAACGCCACUGACAAAUCAUCGCCAAGCAGAAGUCUGAUUUCGUGCAUGAAAACGGAAAAUUUUGAAGAGGCUACAAAUUUAUAAUAAAUAUAUAAGCCUGUGUUGGAUAUAAACUAAUCAGGUUCAUAUGACGUUUUAAUUAAGGAAUAAGAAGCUAUCAACUAUGGACUUUGGAUGGCAAGUUUAGAAUAGGUAGCUUUAUUUUUGCGAUAACUUACAUAGUGUUUAUGGUUUUGCAUGUACAGCUUAACUAUCUAAAAUGCUGCUUUCCAAGUUAAAUAAAAAUCCGCCAACCUGAUAUAAUUUGCAUCCAUUUAUUUUAUAUGACCAAGAAUUGUGUUUUUCUUUAAAAGUCAUUUUCACUUAAAUAUUGCAUUCAUUAUUAGGCUUCUUCAUAUUCAAAUUGACUGUACUACUAAUUUUGAGUGUCGUGUAAACCUUGGAUAUCAUUUAAAGAAAAUGUUUGCCACCGUUGCCUAGUGGGUAUGGCGUCUGAGUACGAAGUGGGACAGGGGGCUUCUUCUGAUAAAGCCGGUUGUAGACCCAACAGAUAAAUACAUGAAUUAGUACCAAUUGCCUUGUUUUCAGACGUCUGACAUAUAAGAAAGGAAUCUUUAGUACGGGUGUUCAUCAAUGGGUCUCAACAGUUUCUGAUGGAAAUUUCUUUAAUGUAGUCUAGAUUCAUAUUUUCAUAGAAAUAUGGACGUAAAUAUGAAGCAUACUUUUCAUUCUUUAAAGGGUAAAAUUAUUAUUAGAAUAAAAUACUUAAUUGUCCGAACUAUCAUGAUGCUUUCAACUGUUAAAAGAGAUUGCCAUUAUCAUUUAUUGGACAAUUUUAAGUGGAAAUGUUUUUAUAUGGAGUAAAAAAAGAAAAAUCAUACAAAAAUAUCUUUCAGUGUACGGUACAUCGUCAUUAUUGAAUCUGGAGUUUGUAAAUAAACUACAACACAAACAUAU